AUGGACACAGUUUGCAAGGCUCAGCCUGCAAAAUGCGUUGCCAGUGAUUGCAUCCCUAUUCUUUACAAGUAUUAUCAGCCAGGUGAUUUCAUCAUUGGUGGCAUUACUUCUCAGAUCCUCAUGGUUUCUGAAGAGAACAAUUUCAUCCAACAUCCCCUUCAAGAACAGAAUCAAGAGCCCAUUUUACUGACUAAGUAUUACCAGCAUGUCUUGGCUUUGGCAUUUGCGGUAAAGGAGGUCAAUGAAAACACCCAGAUCUUACCAAAUGUCACCCUGGGAUUCCAUAUCUAUGACAGCUAUUUCAAUGCAAUGUGUACCUAUCAAGCAACCAUGUUACUUCUUUCCACAUGGGACAGAUUUAACCCCAAUUACAAAUGUAACACCCACAGCAACCUGGUAGCUGUUGUCGGGGGACUGAGCUCAGAAACAUCUCUCCACAUUGCAGCCAUCUUGGGCAGCUAUAAGAUUUCACAGCUCAUGUAUGGCUCUACUUCAGCAAUCAGUGAUAAAACCCAAGUCUUUCCCACUUUCAGGAUGGCUCCAAAAGAAACCCAUCAGUAUAUGGGGAUUCUCCGGUUACUUCUGCAUUUCAGGUGGAUUUGGAUUAACGUCCUUGCUGUGGAUGAUGACGAUGGAGAAAGAUUUGUACAGGCUGCACUUCCCUUAUUUUUCCAGAAUGGUAUCUGUUUUGAUUUCAUAGAGAGAAUCCCCAGAUUCAGUUUUGUCAGUGAAGCUUUUGAAGUGAUAAUCUUGAUUCAGAAAGUAUAUGCUCUUAUCAUGGAGAGAAAAGCCAAUGUAUUGGUGUUACAUGGAGAAAUCCAUGCCAUGAUCACCUGGGGAACAUUUCUAUAUAUACCUGAAAAAGUUACACCUAAAGGUAAAGUAUGGAUUAUGUCAGCCCAACUAGAUAUUGUCGCACUGGGUUAUCAAAGGAAUUUGGAUUUCCAAGUCUUUCAAGGUGCUCUGUCUUUCACAAGCCAUUCAAAUAUACUACCUGGAUUCCCCAAAUUCCUUCAGCUAAGAAGCCCAUCUUGGAACAAAGAAGAUGGCUUUAUCAAGGACUUCUGGCAGCAGGCAUUCAACUGUAAGUUCCCAAAUGUCCUUGUGGAUGAAAUUGUAGGAGAAACCUGCACUGGAGAAGAAAAAUUGGAGAGCCUUCCUGGGCCUUUCUUUGAAAUGAGCAUGACUGGCCAUAGCUACAACAUCUACAAUGCUGUCUAUGCUGUGGCACAUGCUCUACAGGCCAUGCAUGCCUCCACUUCCAAACACAAACCAGUGGUGGAUGGAGGGAGUCUGAAGCUUCAGAAUCAACAGCCAUGGCAGCUGCACCAUUUUCUGAGAAGUGUCUCAUUUAAUAACAGUGCUGGGGACACAGUUUCCUUUGACCACAAUGGAGAAUUAGUCACCGGCUUUGAUGUUAUAAAUUGGGUCAUUUCCCCAAACCAUUCCUUUCAUAAAGUGAAAGUUGGAAGGAUGGACAUCCUGGUUCCUCCAGAGCAAUCAGUCACUGUUAAAGAGGAUGCCAUCAUGUGGCACAGCUGGUUUAACCAGGUGCGGCCCUUCUCUGUGUGUAAUGAGAACUGUCGACUUGGUUACAGCAAGCAAAAGAAGGAAGGGGAGCCAUUUUGUUGCUAUGAUUGUGCUCUAUGUCCAGAAGGAAAGAUUGCCAACCAGCUGGACAUGGUUGACUGCAUUCAAUGCCAAGAAUAUCAGUAUGCAAGCAAAAACCACGAUUCAUGCCUUCCCAAAUUUGUCAGCUUCUUGUCUUAUGAAGACGCUUUGGGGAUCAAUUUAACAAUUUUUGCUCUGUCCUUUUCUUUAAUUACAGCUUUUGUGUUGGGAACAUUUCUGAAGCAUCAAGACACACCCAUAGUCAAAGCCAACAACCAGAACCUUUCCUACACUCUCCUCAUCUCCCUCCUACUCUGCUUCCUCUGUGCUUUGCUAUUCAUUGGUCCACCUGAGAAUAUGGUGUGUCUCCUUCGACAAACUGCUUUUGGUAUCAUCUUCUCAAUAGCAGUGUCUUGUGUGUUGGCCAAAACUAUCACGGUGGUUCUAGCAUUCAUGGCUACAAAGCCAGGAAGUGGUAUGAGGAAAUGGGUUGGGAGGAGACUCUCCAAUUCCAUUAUUCUUUCCUGCUCCCUCAUCCAAGCAACCAUUUGUGCCGUGUGGCUGGCAACUUACCCACCAUUCCCAGAUACUGACAUGCACUCUGUGAAUGAAGAAAUUGUACUAAAAUGUAAUGAGGGGUCAGUUGCUCUAUUUUAUUGUGUUCUGGGCUAUCUGGGUUUCCUGGCCCUUGUCAGCUUCACUGUGGCUUUCCUAGCCAGGAAGUUACCCAACACUUUCAAUGAAGCCAAGUUCAUUACUUUCAGCAUGUUGGUGUUUUGCAGUGUUUGGUUGUCCUUUGUUCCCUCUUACCUGAGCACCAAAGGGAAAUACAUGGUAGCUGUGGAGAUCUUCUCCAUCUUAGCUUCCAGUGCUGGGCUGCUGGGCUGCAUUUUCUUCCCCAAAUGCUACAUUAUUGUAAUGAGGCCAGAGCUUAAUAAUAGGGAACAGUUAAUGAGGAGAAAGAUUGAAAGGAAGUAA